AUGGGGUCGUCCACGGAUCACGUCGGCGCCGGUGGGCGGGGCAAGAAGCAGGCCGGGUCGCAGCUGUGGAAGAAGGCGCUGCUGCAUUCCUCGCUCUGCUUCGUGAUGGGCUUCUUCACCGGCUUCGCGCCGUCGUCCGUGUCCGACUGGACGUCCGCGGCGGUGGCGGCGGGCCGGGUGGGCAGCAGCCACGUGGUCCGUGCGCUGCCGACGGCGGCCGUGAACCGGAGCCUGCUGGCGCACGGCGGCGCGGACCUCCUGCUGGGCGACCCGGCGUCCCCGCGGCCGCUGCUGGUGCUCGUCACGACGACGGAGUCGACGCCCGCGGCGUCCGGCGAGCGGGCCGCCGCGCUGACGCGGAUGGCGCACACGCUGCACCUGGUGGCGCCGCCGCUGCUGUGGGUGGUGGUGGAGGCCGCCCCGGACGUGCCGGGCACGGCGCGGCUGCUGCGCGCCACGGGGCUCAUGUACCGCCACCUGACGUACAGGGACAACUUCACCGCCGCCGACGCCGCCGCGGGUAAGGAGCGGCACCACCAGCGGAACGUGGCGCUCGGACACAUCGAGCAUCACCGCCUCGCCGGCGUCGUCCUCUUCGCGGGGCUCGGCGACGUGUUCGACCUCGGCUUCUUCGACCAGCUCAGGGAAAUCAGCGCGUUCGGUGCGUGGCCGGUGGCGACGAUGUGGCGCGACGAGAGGAAGGUCGUGGUCCGGGGCCCCGCGUGCAGCUCGUCCGCGGUCACCGGCUGGUUCUCCCAGGACUUCAGCAACGGCACCGCGCCGGCCUCCACCUCCACGGCGAGGCCUCCCGAGGUGGACGUCCACGGCUUCGCCUUCAACAGCUCCGUGCUCUGGGACCCCGAGCGCUGGGGCCGCUACCCGACCUCCGAGCCCGACAAGUCCCAGGACUCCAUGAAGUUCGUCCAGCAAGUGGUUCUGGAAGAUCUAAGCAAGGUGAAGGGCAUUCCCUCCGAGUGUUCAGAGGUCAUGGUGUCUUGGUACUUUUUUCCUAGCCAUCUUGUCGCCGACACUGUUGCAGAUUGUAAGAGCCUGUUGCCCUGGCUUUCAACGGGUAACAGACAUGCUCAGAUGUGCUUUGUCGUGUCUAGCAGAUAA